AUGACCAAGAAGGACAAAAAGCCAAAGAUCUCGACUAUAGUGACCAAGGAGGGCGACACGGUCAAGGUUUUCGAGGACCUUGACACGUUUGAGACGUUCAUCAAGAACGAGACGGAGGACGAGGAAUUCGAUCACGUGAACUGCCACCUGAAGUACUACCCGCCAUUCGUACUGCACGAGUCGCACGAGGACCCUGAGAAGAUCAAGGAGACGGUCAACUCACACAACCGAAAGUUCGUGCGCCACCUGCACCAGCACGUGGAGAAGCACCUGCUCAAGGACAUCCGCGAGAGGCUGCAGUUGCCCCAGCUCAAGUUUAACGACAAGUCCAAGGAGGAGACGCCAGACCACAUCGUAUGGCGCUACAACCAGCGCGCCAACUUCCACGAGCGCGACUUUGACAUCCACGUCACGGUCGAGUGCCACCACGACAGUGCCCUCGUGGACGUGGACUACCUGACCGUUCCGGUGCCAGCGGUCGCCGCGGCAUGA